CGGAGCAGCCAAUCCGCGCCUCCGCAAGCCCGUUUCCACGCGCGGAGUGGGCCCGCCCGGGGAAGGAAGAGCGGCGCAAAGAGGCGAGCGAGCGAGCGAGCGAGGGAAAAAGAGAGAGAGAGAGAGAGGAAAGAGCUCCCUGCGAGGGAACCAACUGGGGGAGCGUGGCUUGGCAAGGGAAGGAGACAAAGCGGAUUAGGAGCGGGUUCACUCCCAGGGAAAGUUUCCCCAACUCCUGGCUGGCUGGCUGGCUGGGGCCCCGGGGCCCUCUUUGGAGGCGGAGGAGGAGGGGCCAUGGCCAAGGUGCAAGUGAACAACGUGGUGGUGCUGGACAACCCCUCGCCCUUCUACAACCCCUUCCAGUUCGAGAUCACCUUCGAGUGCAUCGAGGACCUCUCUGAAGAUUUGGAAUGGAAAAUCAUCUACGUGGGCUCAGCAGAAAGUGAGGAAUACGACCAAGUUUUAGAUUCCGUUUUGGUGGGCCCUGUACCUGCGGGAAGGCAUAUGUUUGUUUUUCAGGCAGACGCUCCUAAUCCAGCACUUAUUCCUGAUGCAGAUGCCGUAGGAGUAACAGUUGUAUUAAUCACCUGCACCUAUAGAGGUCAAGAAUUUAUUAGAGUUGGCUACUAUGUAAACAAUGAGUACACGGAAACAGAGCUGAGAGAAAAUCCUCCAGUAAAGCCAGACUUUUCUAAGCUCCAAAGGAAUAUUUUGGCAUCUAAUCCUAGAGUCACAAGAUUCCACAUUAACUGGGAGGACAACACGGACAAACUGACAGACGCAGAGAGUAGCAACCCAAAUCUUCAAACACUCCUUUCUACAGACGCACUGCCUUCGGCUUCAAAAGGGUGGUCAACGUCGGAAAAUUCAUUGAAUGUCAUGCUAGAAUCUCAUAUGGACUGCAUGUGACCGUCUGCCCUUCAGUGCUUUGCUCUGUAUGUAUUUUUGAGCUGUACACACACACACAAGGCAACCAUCACCUUGCACCUAUCUCCUCAUUCAAACCAAUGUGAAUAAUUUCUUUCAAAACACCCCACCGUCUGUAGAAAAUUUAUAAGGAAAAAAUAUUUGAGUGGCUGUAUAAAUAAAACUAUUUUUAAAUAA